AUGCUGAAAAUUGUUCUUGCAAUCACGCUGUGCGCGUGCAUAUCAUACGCCACCCCAAUCCAAACUCAACCGGAUGGUACAUCUUUGGAGGAAAACAUUGCUCAUUGGAUUGAGAAGCAAGAGUUUGAAGUGGAAUUACCCUAUGUUGGAUCAAGAGUGACAUUGAACGCACGUAAUCUGGUUGAUGAUGAGAUGGACAUUAAAUUACAACUUUCAUCUCAGCCUGAAGCACGUAAAUCCAAACUGAAGAAGAUCUUCGCACCUAUUUUGAUCCUCGUUAUCCUAAAGGCCAUCACUUUGAUCCCGUUGGCUUUAGGCUUGCUUGGUCUGAAGACGUGGAAUGCAAUUCAACUGUCCUUUGUAACCUUCAUCGUAUCCAUUGGACUUGCAGUUUACGAAAUGUGCAAGAAAAUUGCCGCAGAUCACGUGCAUCCAUUUGUCUCGCACACAGCAACGUGGCCUGCCGGCAGGGCAAUGAAUAUGGACGAUGACAAGAUGGCUGAUGCUCAAUCGCUUGCCUACUCCUCUUACGCCAACUAG